UAAAAAUAGCACAGUUAUUAUUCUUGUUAACAGUAUAAAUUCACCACUCACUUCCCUGGACUCAUCAGUUACCAUUCCAUUUCACCACUACUCUCUGUAACCACCCUCUCCACUCCACGAUGGGUCAGAACAAAAACAAGAACAACAACAACAACGACAACAAUCAAGGAAAGAAGAAGGAGGAGAAGAAGAUAACACCCACCACCGUGGUGUUGAAAGUUGACAUGCAUUGCGACGGUUGCGCUUCCAAAAUCGUUCGCUGCGUUCGCGGAUUCCAAGCGUUGAAAUUGAACCUUCUUGUUGAAGGCGUGGAGAGCUUGACAGCCGACGGCGACGCCGGGAAGCUAACCGUCACCGGCAUUGUCGACCCUGUCAAACUCCGGGACAAGCUCGCCGCCAAAACCAAGAAGAACGUCGAGCUCAUCUCUCCACUUCCCAACAAGAAGGACAAGGAGAAUCAGAAUCAGAAUCAAAACAAUAAGAAAUCUGAAGAGAAAAAACCAAAAGAGCUUCCGGUGACGACGGCGGUGCUGAAGGUGGCGCUGCACUGUCAGGGUUGUAUGGAGAGGAUCAAGAAGAUUGCGUUGAAGACGAAAGGGGUUUAUGAGGUGGCGAUUGAUGAGGAGAAGGAGACAGUGACGGUGAAGGGAGCCAUGGAUGCGAAGGCAGUGGUGGCGAACUUGAUGAAGAAGUUGAAGAGGAAGGUGGAGGUGGUUCAACCAAAGAAGGAGAAGGAAGGUGGUGGUGAAAAAGGAGACGGUGGUAAGAAGAAACAGAAGGGUGAGGAGGAGGAGGGUGGUGGCAAGGGGAAACCGGAGCAUCAGAAGCAGAACAAGAUGGUGGAUUGGGCACCUGUUUAUGGAUAUGGGCCUUACUGGUAUGGCGGCGAUGGUGAUCACCACUACAUGGGGCCAUUGCACGCGCCGCAGAUCUUCAGUGAUGAGAAUCCAAACGCGUGUUCUGUUAUGUGAGUAUGGAAAAAGGUUCAUGAAUCUGGCAUUGCAGGAAUUGAUUUUGCUUUUGGGCACAGUUCUUCUUUUUUUUGUCUCUUGUUAACACAUAGGUGAAUUGUGUGCUUGAUAGAAAAAGGGUGGGUUUUGUUAUCUGAUUAACUGAUAUGAUACUAAUUUGAGUAGUGAGUGUUAGGUGUUAUGGUGUCUACUGUCCAAUGCAUGAUGUAAAUGACAAAAAUGAAAUAUAUUUCCCACUUUAGCAGCUACUUUUUGUUACAAAUCAGAAUCAAAUUGAUUUGCAAUUGCAAAUUCUCAUAUGCUAUGGCUAUGCUAUGAUGUUGUUGGCUAUAUAACCUUUCAUUGUACCUAU